AUGGCGCGCCGUGGUGAAAAGACGCACGUGAUGAUGUACAAUCCGGUAACUAAUGGUAAUUCCUGCCCGAACCUCAUGUCAUCCCAACGACCAUCCAUCCCAAGACCGCCGCCAUCCCCUUUGCGACCAGGGUCACCACCUGUUAAUUCGUCUCCCUUGAGCUUUCAGACAUCUUCUACAGGGACUUUGCUAAAUGCGAGACGAACAACACCGACAUCUCCACCCAAAACACGAGCCCGAGAUCUGCUACGGAAGCACUACGGUCUAGGUGUUGGUCUACCACCUGCUCGACCCGGUGUUCCUAAUGAUCCUAUGAAUAUGGAUUCCCCCGCGUUUGACGCCAAGGCGUAUUAUGAACAAUUAAUAACCACCUCAACCUUGCCAGCAUUGCUGAAGCAAGAAAACGGGCUUGUUUCAGAAAUACGGGAACUCGACAGCGAGCGCCAGUCACUGGUCUACAAUCACCACCACGAGUUGAUAGCUGCUAGUGAUACCAUUGCUGCCAUGAAAAGUCGAGCGGAAAGCCUGGAUGCUGACCUUGAUUUGCUGAAGGCCGCCUUCUCCGAGAUAUCACGUCUGGCAGAAGAGGUUGCAGUGCAAAGUCAAUCAGCCGAAGGCAAAGAUAAUACUCUCGCUCCUGGCUGA